AUGCAACGUGCUGAACUCGAGGUAUGGAAAGUAUGCUGGAAAGUCAAUGCCGCCAUUGAAUUUUGCGAACCUGAACGCAAAGCGAGCGAACAGGAUCAUGUGGCGAACAGCGACCCGGUCGUGAGUGCAGCCAAGUCGUGCAGAGUUUGCAAGAAGCCCAAGACAAAGCUUCGCGAGUCGGCCUUCGCUCGAAUGACCAAGUGCGCCGGCAAUCACACUGGUUCAAAGACUCUUAUCUGUCCGCAAUGUGAUAUCAACUUUGUCUGGGCCGUCGUGACAAGGCAGCAAGAAUGCUUCCACGAAGACUGCCGAAGGAAACUCGCCGUGGUCAGUCGAAAAAUGGAGACCUACAGGUUUGUCGACAGCGCGCUUUUCGUGUACGUUCUUUUUGGCUCGGAAUGGGAAGCUGAAUUUUUGGUGACGGGCUCCAGCGAGUUCUUCCAGCUGUUGAGUGCGAAAAACGUGUUUAGUUGCAUCGUGUGUUCAGAAACGGUCACGUACACACAUGGAGCGUCAUUGACGCCACGAUGCCAGCAUGAUGCUUCAUUAUGCAAACCCUGUGCGCAGUGGUUUCUCUCAGCUCAAGUCGGAUUAGGGAACUGGAGAAAGAUUGGAUGUCCGGAACUGGGCUGCAAGCAGGUGCUUGAUGGAGAUGACAUGAAACGACUUGCAGACACCGAUACAUUGGACAAGUGA